CUUCAUUCAUCAAUUCAAUUCAGCAUCCAAUCCAAACAAAACCGAAUAUUUCUCACGUUUAUUCCCUUCGAAUGAGGAAGAAAACUCAUCGGUGAAUGAACAAAAUGGGGGGUAUCACUAGUAGUGUUGAAUCUUAUGCGGCGGUGAAGUGGGUGGUCGGAGUUAUAAUCGUUGGUGUAUCAGUAUUAGGUUUUUAUUCAUCUUCUGGGCCAUUUGGGUUGUGGGGAAAAAAUGGUAGAAGAAGGAAUAAAAAACCGAUUCGUGUUUAUAUGGAUGGUUGUUUUGAUAUGAUGCAUUAUGGCCAUUGUAAUGCUUUGCGUCAAGCUCGUGCUCUUGGUGAUCAAUUGAUUGUUGGUGUUGUUAGUGAUGAUGAAAUUAUUGCUAAUAAGGGUCCUCCUGUUACCCCUUUACAUGAAAGGUUGAUUAUGGUGAAUGCUGUGAAAUGGGUUGAUGAGGUUAUUCCUGAAGCUCCAUAUGCCAUUACUGAGGAAUUCAUGAAGAAGCUUUUCGAUGAGUAUAAUAUAGAUUACAUUAUUCAUGGGGACGAUCCUUGUGUUCUUCCUGAUGGAACUGAUGCUUAUGCUCAUGCCAAAAAGGCUGGCCGCUAUAAACAGAUUAAGCGCACGGAAGGAGUUUCCAGCACUGAUAUUGUGGGUCGAAUGCUUCUCUGUGUAAGAGAAAGGAAUAUUGCCGACACUCAUAAUCAUUCUUCUUUACAAAGACAGUUCAGCAAUGGCCGGGGUCAGCAGAAGUUUGAAGAUGGUGGUGUUGUUGCUAGUGGAACUCGUGUAUCUCAUUUUCUGCCUACAUCUCGUAGAAUUGUUCAGUUCUCAAACGGGAGGAGUCCAGGACCUGAUGCGCGGAUUGUAUACAUAGAUGGCGCUUUUGAUCUCUUUCAUGCUGGACAUGUAGAGAUCUUGAGGCUUGCCAGGGAUCGUGGAGAUUUUCUUCUUGUUGGAAUACACACGGACCAGACAGUCAGUGCAACUAGGGGAUUGCAUCGUCCCAUCAUGAGUCUUCAUGAAAGAAGUCUAAGUGUGUUAGCAUGUCGCUAUGUGGAUGAGGUUAUAAUUGGUGCACCAUGGGAAGUGUCUAAGGAUAUGAUCACGACAUUUAACAUCUCAUUAGUUGUUCAUGGAACAACUGCAGAGAAUACUGAUUUUCAGAAGGAACAAUCAAAUCCAUAUGCCGUUCCCAUUAGCCUGGGCAUCUUCCAAAUUUUAGAUAGUCCUUUAGAUAUAACAACCACUACAAUAAUUAGGAGGAUUGUAUCAAAUCACGAGGCAUACCAGAAACGCAAUGAGAAGAAGGGUGAAAGUGAGAAAAAAUACUAUGAGAGCAAGACUCACGUGUCUGGAGACUGAUUCAUGUCUUUCAUUUGGAGACAUAAACAUUGGGGGGUCACCACCAGGAUUUCACACACUCCAUAUUUAUCUAUCUUAUCUAUGUCUUUUUAGUUGUUUUUAUAUUUUUGUUUGUGGAGAAGAUGACAGUUUUGUUCAGCCAUGAGCACGAGUUGGGCCUCGUGGUUCGCGCCUCUGAUUUAUAAUUUAUUAAACUGAUUUUAACCUUAUGAAUAUGUAAGUUUUAUCAGAUAAAAAUUGUUGCUAUCUUAGCUAUUAUCAUUUAGUUUGAGUGAUAGAUCAUACUAGUGAACAAAAAUGAUCAGCUUAUGCUUCAAGUCAAACAAGAUUGUCACUAUCCAUAUUAGUAUUAUUGUUAUUUCUACUAUUUUUUUAGUA